GUUGACAUCAUACUUCCGUGUGUUUGUAAGCAGGGGCGGUUCGACGCGCUCACUUGAUGAUGUCUACUCCGUGGCCUUACUCCGUGUUUUGGCGAUAGAUGCCCCUUCUCGUGGGUCGUGCCCAAAAUCUUCAUCGCUAGCCCUCUGUCUGCUCUUUGCCUUUCAAUCCCGCCCCCCAAAGGUAAGCUUCCUGAACCCCUUCACCUCAAGGCACAAGGUACAAGGCACAAGGCACAAGGCAAUCAUGUUCGACCUCGCUCCCCAUCCCUCUGCUCCCGUCAAGAGGACCCCGACGGCGGAGACCUUUCGCCUGGGCAGGGACCGUGGCAUGCCGCCGCCCCUCCUGGGAGAUCCGUCUGAGUAUCUGGUUGAGCUGACCGACGACAAUGACCCCGCGAACGCGAAGUCGUGGCCCAUCUCCCGCAAGAUGCGAGCCGCCUGCGUCCUCGGUUUCGAUACGCUCGUCGCAUCCUGGGGAUCCUCCGUUUACUCUGCCUCCGUCGAACCCGUCUCUGAGCUCUUCGGUGUGAGCCGUACCGUGGCCAUCUUGGGUCUGACGCUCUACGUCUGCGGCUUCGCGACCGGCCCGCUGGCCUGGGGCCCCCUGUCCGAGUUAUAUGGGCGCAAGAUGCCUGUCAUCGUGGCCUGCUUCGUUUUUACCUGCUUUAUCUUCGCGGCGGCGACGGCAAAGGAUAUGCAGACGCUGAUGUUGUGUCGGUUCUUCGCGGGUGUGUUCGCUUCCUGUCCGCUGGCGGUGGUGGGAGCUGCGUUUGCGGAUCUCUUCGGGAAUGCGACGCGCGGGAUUGCCAUUGCUUUCUUCUCGGCGCUGGUGUUCCUGGGUCCCUUCAUCAGCCCUAUCGUCGGUGCUUUCAUCACUCAGAGCUACCUGGGCUGGAGAUGGACGGAAUACAUCACGGGUAUCAUGGGAGCCCUGGCCCUGACUCUGGAUAUCCUGUUUUUGGAGGAGACGUACCUAAAGACCAAUCUGCAGAGGAGAGCCGCAAAUAUUAGGAAGGAGACCCAGAACUUUGCCAUUCAUCAUAUAAGUGAAGAGGAGGUGGUUACCCCGGAUGACCUUGUGAGGAAGCACCUCCUCCUCCCUGUCAAGUUGCUGUUUCUUGAGCCGAUCGUCUUCCUGAUGACCCUGUAUACCGCAUUCAUUUACGGUAUCUUGUAUCUCUUCCUCGAAGCUUAUCCCAUCGUCUUCGCAGAGAAACGAGGGAUUAACCCGGCGGUCGCUACGUUGCCAUAUAUCGGUUUAAUUAUAGGGGUUCUGAUCGGUUGCGGUAUUGUGGUCGCAUUCGAACCGAGGUACAACAGGCGACUAGAAGCGAACGGUGGCAUCCCCGUUCCUGAAGAUCGGCUCCUGCCCAUGAUGAUCGGAGCCGUGCUAUUCCCAAUAGGUCUCUUUUGGUUCGCCUGGACUGGGAACUACGAGAGUGUCCAUUGGCUCGCCCCGACCUUCUCCGGACUCCUGACUGGCGCUGGCAUCUUGACCAUCUUCUUGCAAGCCCUCAACUAUCUUGUCGAUGCGUAUCUGAUGGUUGCCGCGUCCACAAUCGCUGCCAACACGUUCCUGAGAUCCUUCUUCGGUGCUGGAUUCCCGCUGUUCGCCGUGCAGAUGUUCCAUAAUCUAGGGGUCGAGUGGGCCGGAAGUUUGCUGGGUUUCUUGGCAGUGGCUUUCCUGCCGAUUCCAUUCUUGUUCUAUAUUUUUGGGAAGAGAUUGAGGAAGUUCAGUCGUUACGCGCCAACUGAUUUUGGACCGAAACCACCGUCUGAUGAGGAGAUAGCAGCUGAGCCGAAAGAAGACGAGUUACCAGCUGAGUAAAGUAAUAGAAAGGGGUAAUGUACGAAGAUGCGAAGACAGAGAUGCGGUUUUCGGCGAUGUACCAAGCCUAAUAGGCACACACAAGGGGACACGGAGGCGGUAGGAGGGAGGAGGAGGACCGGGGGUUGAAUCGCGGGUUGAAUGAAUCAUGGCGUCGAGGAUUGGGGGGUAGUUGUCCAGAUCGUACUAUUGGAUUGCUGGUGUCUCGACGUCCUUUGGAGGACUUUGGAUUGG